UGUAAUAGUUCCGGUCCGGAUAAAUAAGGAAUUGGUAUCAGAAAAUGAAGUGUUUUGUGAAGAUGAAAGCCAAAAAACUAUGACGAACCGAUCAAAGAUAAGGAAACAAUAAGGUGAAUUUGUGACUAGUGCUGAGACAGAAGAGAUGGCACGAUACUGGAUACUAGGAAUACUUACUGGAGUGCUUUCCGUAGGAUUGGCUGAUUGGAACUUUUUCAAAUGUUUUGAAACGGAGAAACGGUGCCCGAACGAAAAUGUCACAUUUUGGCUAUAUACAAGAGAUACUCAAGACAACCCAACCGAGCUGAGCAUGUUCGCACCCGAGACGAUAAAACAAGCUCCGUUCGUGCUGGACCGGCCCUUGAUCGUGUUAAUCCACGGCUACACGGGUCACCGCGAUUACGCACCCAACACAUCGAUCCGACCCGCCUAUCUGGACUACGACGAGUUCAACAUCAUUUCACUCGACUACAAUCCGCUGGUGCUGGAGCCAUGCUACUACCAAGCGGUGCGAAACCUUCCGACGGUGGCCAACUGCACGGCCCAACUGCUGGAUUACAUGAUCGCGGAGAAAAUGUUCACGUUGGAUGACAUUCACGUGGUGGGCUUCAGCCUCGGAGGCCAGACUUCCGGCAUGAUCGCCAAUUACAUUACCGCGGGAAAACUGAAGCGCAUAACCGGCUUGGAUCCGGCCAAACCACUCUUCAUCACCGCACCCAGUCAGUACAAGUUGGACCAAACGGAUGCGGAAUUCGUGCAGGUGAUUCACACCGACGUGUUUGCGAGGGGGAUUUUGCACCCCAGCGGCCAUGCGGACUUCUACGUCAACGGGGGUGUUGAGCAGCCGGGUUGCAAUGCCCAAUCGAUGAUGACCACCGGAGAGUGCAACCACAAUCGGGCGCCAGAAUAUUACGCGGAGUCCAUCGCCACGGAAGUUGGCUUCUAUGGCUAUCGAUGUGCCCACUGGUAUUUGUAUAUGCUGGGAUUGUGCAACCCCAAUGAGGAUAGCCAGAUUGAACUAAUGGGAGCUUACACGCCAAACACGACACGGGGGCUGUACUUCCUGAACGUCAACAUGAACCCACCAUAUGCGCAAGGAAAAGACUUCUCAUUAAAAGAUGAUUUUCCCAUCCAUGACUAGAAAAUGGCAGUUACAAACUGUGCGCAGUAUGAAAAAACCAUGAUGCCUCUGUUUUUGCCUGAUUGUAAUCUAGGCCUAUUUAGUAUAAAUUGAAUACCUAAAUAAUUGUAAUUCUUAUUCAAUAAUGCAGUUUGUAUUACAAUGUUGUACUUACAGGAUCUCCAUAUGACCAGUGACAAUGUACCUAGGAGCACAAAGUUUUAGACAAUAAAAAC